AUGUAUUUGUUUAAAAAGGCCAAAGACUCUAUUGUCAAUUCGCUGCAAUACGAUAAGGCUUCCCCCCUUAUGCGGCUAAGCGGCGUCUGUAAGGGGAUCCUCCGAGCCACAUUCCUUGUCUCCUUCGCGUUGCUCUCGCUAACUGUGUUAGCUAUGUACUUGGAGCGGAACUUUUUUGCCAACAGAGACCUGCUGAAGGCCCUCGCAGUGGAAUCGCUCAUCCUCUGUCUGUUGUCCCUAACCAUCCUGAGAAGAAAAAGUGGAACCUACAUUUAUGCCAAAGUCGAGAUGUACCCUUUUUCCUUUAAGGACUUGAUUGACGUGUCACUGGCCACGGGGACGGUCACGAUCUCGGUGCUGGACAUCCUCCUGUGCUACCUUUGCCUCAUUGUGGCGUUCUUCACCUUUUUAACGGGGUUGUUUUCCCUUUAUGUAUGCCUAGACAACCCGCACAUGAAGGACCACGAGAAUAUUAGCCUUUUCAGCAUGCAAUUUGCGUCCGUUUCGUACAUCGGGCUGUACGCGAUAACUCAGUUUUGUGCAUUCAAAUCUAUGCCCUACCACCCAGUGGAAUAUUUGGGAUAUAUAGUUAAAAACAUCAUGGAGGACAUUUUCUGCGUCGUGAAAAAGGCGUGGAAGUUUAUAUACUAACAUAGGAAAAGUGAGUAAUUGCCUGCCCAAUAUUAUUUCUCAUUUUAUUCCUUUGGAAGGCCUCUCUCCAAAGGUCCUGGAGAGAAGCUGCUGUGUGGACGUCCGACGGAAUUUGCCCCUGUUAACGUGUACAUGAAAUGUAUUUUUUUCCUUUUUUUCCUUUUCAUGCACGAGCAAAGUUGUGGCAAAUUUUUUUUUUUAAAUCAUUUGGACAGAGUUGACCGAGCGAGAGUGAUAUCCCCCCCAUUGAUGGGUUAAGAAUUUCAUUUUGUGCCAUGUACACACAUUUGUGUGAAAGAUCCUCCCGAAGGAAUUUAAUUAUUUUAUGAAGAAACAGAACGAAGAUUAUUAACGGAGAUGAAUUUGUUUACUCUUUUUGCCUGAACAUGUUCAGGUGAUUU